CCGAGCCGUCGGGGGUUCGCGGGUAGCCGGCGUCCCUGGACGAGGAAGAUGCUGCCGAUCGGGAAGACCGCGAAACAGGGCAAAAGGGGUAUUCUAGAGCGCUUGGAUGCUGGAGAAAUUGUGAUUGGAGAUGGAGGAUUUGUCUUUGCUCUUGAAAAGAGGGGAUAUGUAAAAGCUGGGCCUUGGACUCCUGAAGCAACUGUAGAACACCCAGAAGCAGUUCGUCAGCUUCACCGGGAAUUCCUCAGAGCUGGAUCCAAUGUUCUGCAGACAUUCACCUUUUAUGCCAGUGAGGACAAACUAGAGAACAGGGGCAAUUAUGUUGCUGAGAAAAUAACUUGCCAGAAAGUGAAUGAAGCUGCUUGUGACAUUGCAAGAGAAGUGGCUAAUGAAGGUGAUGCUUUGGUGGCUGGAGGGGUCAGUCAAACACCAUCAUACUUAAGCUGCAAGAAUAAAACAGAGGUUAAAGCAGUCUUUCAAAAACAACUAGACGUCUUUAUGAAGAAGAAUGUGGACUUCCUAAUUGCAGAGUAUUUUGAACAUGUUGAAGAGGCCGUGUGGGCAGUUGAAGUUCUAAAAGAAUCUGGAAAGCCAGUUGCAGCUACAAUGUGCAUUGGUCCAGAAGGAGACAUGCAUGGAGUGUCCCCUGGACAAUGUGCUGUCCAGCUGGUAAAGGCUGGUGCUUCUAUUGUUGGAGUCAACUGCCACUUUGAUCCAGAAACUUGCCUGGAAACUGUGAAACUGAUGAAAGAGGGCUUGCAGGCUGCUAAACUGAAAGCCCACCUGAUGUCCCAACCACUUGCUUUCCAUACACCUGAUUGUGGAAAGCAGGGUUUUAUUGAUCUCCCAGAAUUUCCCUUUGGUCUGGAGCCAAGAAUUGUAACCAGAUGGGACAUUCAAAAAUAUGCAAGAAAGGCCUAUGACUUAGGAAUUCGUUUCAUUGGAGGCUGCUGUGGAUUUGAGCCAUAUCACAUCCGAGCAAUAGCUGAGGAGCUGGCUCCUGAAAGAGGAUUUUUGCCAGAAGCUUCUGAGAAGCAUGGUAGCUGGGGCAGUAACCUGAGCAUGCAUACCAAACCCUGGGUCAGAGCAAGGGCAAGAAAAGAAUACUGGGAUAACCUGAAGCCUGCUUCAGGAAGGCCAUAUUGUCCUUCUAUGUCAAAGCCAGAUGGUUGGGGAGUGACCAAAGGAGCCAGGGAGCUGAUGCAACAGAAAGAAGCAACGACUGAACAACAGCUGAAGGAGCUCUUCCAGAAACAGAAGAUCUAAUCCACUGAAGUUGUGUAAAUGUUAGAAUGAUUAAUCUACAGACCAUUUCAUGUUUCACAAGAAAAUCAGACAAGUACCCUACUGAUUUAUCACUUAAAAUGUAAUGAAAGAGACAAAAUGCAGAAAGAAUAUGAUUAUAGAGUAAAUAUGUCAAACUUUGAUAAUAAAAUCUUUCUCUGGACAAAUAGUUUAGAGAAUACAUAGUCAAAAGUAAGUUUGGAUUCUCAUAAUAAUUGAGUUUCGGUUAGCUAGGUGCCAUUAAUUGGGUAGGCACAUAAAUACCUCGAAAGUAGUAAUUGGCUCAACUCACAUGUGCAAAGGGAAAAAGCCAUCUCUAAGUAAGGUAUCAACAGACUUCAACUCCCAAGUCUGUUUUCAGUUCGGGACUAUGUAGGAGCUUUCUCAGACCUCAAGAUUUGUUGAGGACUACUGCAAGGACACACAGGCUGCCAAUUCUUCAGACACACGAUUAUUUGUAACACUUCUUUGAUUUCAAAAGAAUAAAAGGAAAAUAAAAAAUACAUCUUGUAAUAGCAAUCAAAACAUAAGGAGAAUGAGAUCUUGCAGAAAUUUCUUAUAUGCAGGGAGAAAGGUUAAAAGAACUUUUAGGAAAGGAAAAUGACAUGUAAAUAACUCACUGCUUUUGUCUCAAGGUACCAUGUACACAAGAUUUCCUCUUCUGGAGACUAAAAGUCUUAAGAAAUUACUCUGCAAUUAAAAAAAAAGUCGAAUAAAUUAAAAAUAA